GACAAAAUCCUGAAAAAUGCAUCUGUUUUUCUCAAGAAUAUAAUAAUCUCACCCUAAGGAAAUUAAAGGAUACAGCAGGAUGUAUCAGCAAACCCCCAUUAAUUCAGGAAAGUCUUACAUCAUAUAAUGAGCAAUAUUUGUCGAGACACAAAAUCAAAGUGAAAUGUCUCUCACCAAAGAGGAAUAGGAAAGAAUCACCAACAGAAACCGAAAUGUGUUAUAGAAAACUGGUUCAGCCACCAAGCAAAAUGAACAACCAGUUAUACUGGAAAAAUAGCACAGAAGAUAAUGUGAGCAAAAAAACCAAGCAAGAAAAUUUAAACUUUUCAUUGGAAAAAGAGGGGAAAAAGACAUUUGUUUCUGAAAAUAAAGCUAUUCCUCAUGUCCAGGUUUCAAGUGAAAAAAAGAAAAAAAAGAAAAUCAAAUAUGGUGAGGAUAAAACUAAAUCUAAAUGUGAAGUAACAUGUCCACUUGUAACAGGUAACUUAAAAGACAAUCAAGUAAAUGGCAUUAUGGAAAUUGAUGAGUCACCAAAAAGUAGAGUAAUAGAGUUAUUAAAUGCAGCUGGGUUUACAGCUGAUAAUAGAGAAGAGACUUGUUAUAAUUUAGGACUAAAAUCUAAGGAAAAUAAGCUGUCUCGAGCAAAAUUACCUCAACGAAAGUUGCAGAGGUCCAAAAAGUUGCUUCAUUCUCAAUCAACACCAGAUUUCAGUCAAGUUUCUCACUCAGAUUCAGAGUUGCUUAAAUUAGUUUUUAACAAACCUGCAACUAAAACCAUUCUUAGUGAAAAGAACUCUCACACAAGUUUGAGUGCUGAUUCUGAGCCUUUAGUUUUAUCAGAGAAACCACUAAAAAAAUUUCGAAGAUUCAGUAUUCGUAAACUUCUGGAGUUUGACAAGUUUCAUAACCAGGAGAUUUCGUCAUAUUUUAAAGCAGUUGAUGAUAAAGAAAUACCAGUAAUUAACAUCAGUGACAGUAAAGAUGAUGUUACAUGUGCCACUAAAGAUAAUGAAGAAUCAAUUAAACAAGUGAAGAAUAUCAAGGAAAUGACAGAUGAGCAACUGCGGUGUAUCUUUAACAAAAGUUUAUCAUUUCUUCAGGAAGUCCAUGAUGGGAAAAUUUUCAAUCAACGACAUGAAGAUUUUGUACGUGGUGGUCAAGCAAGCA